AUGUGCUUACCUGUAUACGUACUUGCCUGUUUAUAUGGCACUUUGCUGCAAACAUUCUAUGGAUCUGUAAUUGGCUCGACCCUAAGUAGAAUUAUUCUUUACCCACUCGAUACAAUUAAAAUAAACAAGCAAAUUCAUAUGAAUGAUUGUAGCAGUGUUGCUACAAGUACGAUUAGGAGGCAUGCCUGCAAUAAUAAUGCUACUCUAGGAAUGAGUUUUUCAAUGAAAGGAAAGAAAAACCUUUUCUUUUUUUCAUUUAUUAAAAAAUAUGGUCUAAAAGGAUUAUAUAGUGGUUUUCUUUUUUCAUCGAUGACAACAAUUCCUGCAACGAGUUUGUACUUCUGCUGCUUCGAAUACUUAAAAUUAAAGAAAUUAAAUUAUAAUAAAAAAUUAAAUGAAGAAAGAAUAAAUUAUGAAAAAGAUAAUUCUGCUUUCGUACACUUUGUUAAUUAUAUCUCCCUAGCAUUUUUGGCGGAAGCCAUUUCCUGUGUUAUAUUUGUUCCAAUUGAUGUCGUUAAAGAAAGAUUGCAAACUCAAAAAUAUUUAAAAUUAAGGGAAUACAACAAGACUUACUACUUCGUAAGAGACUUAGUACGUAAGGAAGGGCUAAGCAGAUUUUAUAGAGGAUACUGCUCAACGUGCUUAACCUACGGCUUGUUCGGAGGCUCCUUUUUCUUCUUCCAAAAUGUUGGGAACAAACUAAUGAGCAAGUUGGAAAUGGAGCCCUCAUAUUCUAACAACUUCAAAUUAAAUUUCAUUUGUUCUAUGUUAUCUGGAAUUAUUACCUCCCCCUUGGAGGUAGUUAGAAUAAGAUUCCAACUACAAGAAAGAAAUAAAACUCCCUUUUACUACUACAACUCCUUCGACGGAAUAGCAAAAUUGUUAAGGGAAGAAGGAGGAAGUUUUUUCAAUUUGUUUAAAGGAAACUUAUAUAGGUGUUCAUUGGUCUGUCUUAGUAUGACUAUAAACGUAACAAUCAUUGAUAUGUAUAAAAAAUUUGUACGCAUUUCAAGUGCAAAAGGUGGUAACAGUAUUACUGGGAAAAACUGA